AAAGGUUGUUAGACCAUUUCAUUUACUAGCAAUAUAUUUGGUCUUACCAUAAUAUUUGACUAACAAUAUCUAACCUAAAUUUUUCUAACAAUAAUUUAUUACACCACAUCUUUUUGAACAUGACAAAGUUAUACAACAAAUAAAAUUUUAUUUAUUAGACCAUAUCACACGACAAUGAUAUACACAAUAUAGUUUUUAUACUUUAUUAUACUCUUUUCUAAACAUACAAUAUAGUUUAUAUACUUUAUUACACUCUUUUAUAAACAUCUAUAUAGUUCCAAAAAUUUACAAAAUCAAAUUUAAUACAAACACUUUAACAAACCAUAUAUAAAAAAAUAAAACUAUAUAUUUUACGUUAAAUUAUUUUUUUAUAGUUUAAAAUAAAAUUUGUUAUUUAAUACAAGAUUAAAAAUUAUUAAAAAAUUUACAAAUCUAUACUACUAAAUUAGCCAAAAUCAACCAAGUAAAUCUUAAGGCUCACGAGUUCAACAAAUGUAAUUCUUAUAAAAUGCACACAAAAUAUAACGUGAGAGAGUAGGUAUGGGCAUCGGGUCUUCUGGUUGGGUACGGAUCGGUUCCUUUUGAUCUAAGUAUUUAAAAUUUUCUGGUUCGGAUUCGGGUCGAUUUCUUUGGGAUCAAAGUCCAUAAUUCAAAUACCUACAAAAUACCUAUAGUUUUUGGGUACGUAACGGUCCAAAUUGGCUUGGGGUUUUUAGGACUCGAAAAAUAUUCAAAGUACCCAAAAAUUAAAAAAAUACUGAAACACAAAAAAAAUCCGAAAACACAAAUAAAUACCUGAAAAAUAUUUAAAUUCCUAAAAAAACCCAAAUUUUACGGUAAAUAUGACAUGAGGAACCUAAGAUACCUAAAAACAUUUCUUCAUACCCAAAAAAACUUGAAUUUUACCCGAAACUAUAAUCGGAAAUCUGGAUCCGAAACUUAAAAAAAUAUUCAUAAUACUGAAAACACAAUCGAAAUACCAAAUACAUAUAUGAAAAAAAUCAAAUAUACCUAAUAUACUUAAAACAUUUAAUAUACUUUGAAUACCCAACUGGGUCUCGGAUAGGACUAGGAAUUGAAUAAAGAUCGCAAGUCGACGAAAAAAUCAAAUAUGUACUUUGCCCUAAAUCCAAACCCAAACCACAACUAUAUUUCUUGAUUGAUUUUGGUUUGGUUUUUCGGACCCGGUGAAAUAUCUAAGACUAAAAAGAAUUAUAUAAUAGUGUACAUACAAAUAUUAUAUAAACUAAUAUAUUUUGAAUACCCAAAUGGAUCUCAGAUAGGAUUAGGAAUCGGACAAAGACCGCAAGUCGGAGAAAAAAUCAAAUAUGUACUUUGCCCUAGAUCCAAACCCAACUAUAUUUUUUGGUUGAUUUUGGUAUGGUUUUUCGGAUCCGGUGAAACAUCUAAGACUAAAAAGAGUUAUAUAAUAGUGUACAUACAAAAUAUUAUAUAAACAAAUUCACACAUUAUAUAAUUUUAAACAAGUGCCCUUCUUCGAUAUAAUGACUUUGUAAGAGAAUAAUGUACGCCAAUUCUAAAAUACUAAUUCACAAAUUUUGUUUAUAAUCCAAAGAAGAAUCCGCGCUUUCGAAGCGCGGAUCAAAAUCUAGUGUAGUUUAUAAUUUUGUAUCAUUUGCAUGUUCCGAGAAAAAUAGCAAGACCUUUUUCUCUAGAACACACGGAACUUGUAACUAGUAAUGGAAACGGUCCAAAAUAUCCUAGAAAAUGGCCAGCCAAUACCUUCCUAGAAUUCAAUAUUCCUUAUAUACAGGGAGGAGGACAACAAAUCAAAUAAAAACAAAGUCAAGUCAAACAAACGAAGGUCAAAAUUGAAAUAACUUUCAAAAUUCAAGGCUAAUAAAAAUCCAAAUUACGUGACAGCCACCACCAUGAUGUUUAUUUAAAUACCCGAACAUACUUUCUUUUGGCAUCUAUGGUCUUCUCCUAUACAAACUCUCUCUACUCAAUCGCUCAUGCAGACACUUACGCCUAACAUCGAGUUAUUCCACGCGAAACGAAGACAUUUCACAUGCAGUACUCAAACCUCGACCUUCAUCCCGACAAAGCCACUUUCUGUUUUCCCGGCGACGAAAAAAAACCGAGAACAUCUCAUAAACCUUGAAAAUGUUCUCAAGACCUCGUCAACCUCUACAGAUAACUUCAACGUCAAUGUAUCUUCUCGCCAAGACAAGACGACGACGUUACUCGGAGGUUUGAACUUGGCGAGACUCUGGCCUCAGAUGAAAGCCGCCGUCGAAGAAAUGUCCCCGAAAAAUCUGAAACGGCUACAAAGACUUCUCUCGAAAUCAUCAGAAGAGCGUUCGCCGAAGAAUAAACUCGGGUCUAAAUGGCGGGAGCUACACGGGUCGAACAACUGGGCCGGGUUGCUGGAUCCACUAGACGAGGAUCUCAGGCGAGAGCUUGUCCGUUACGGAGAGUUUGUACAGGCGUCUUAUCACGCGUUUCAUUCGGACCCCGAAGGUUCGCCGAGAGACGUAGCCUUACCCGACGGGUCUUACAAAGUGACGAAGAGUCUUUACGCCACGUCAUCCGUUCGUUUGCCUAAGUGGAUUGAUGACGUGGCACCUGAUCUAAGGUGGAUGACAAAGCAGACGAGCUGGGUUGGAUACGUGGCGGUCUGCGACGAUCCAAAGGAGAUCCGACGGAUGGGGAGGAGGGAGAUCGUCAUCGCGCUCCGCGGAACCGCCACGUUGCUCGAGUGGUCAGAGAAUUUCAGGCCCAAUCUCGUUUCGAUGCCCGAGCCCAAACCCGAUCCAUCCGACCCAACUCGGCCCAAGGUGGAGUGCGGAUUCAACAGCCUCUACACAACGGGUAGCCAACACGCGCCUAGCCUCGCCGACUCUUUGGUGGCGGAGAUCAGCAGACUCGUCGAGCUAUACGCAGGAGAGGAGCUGAGCAUAAGCGUCACCGGUCACAGCCUCGGCGCCGCCAUCGCUCUCCUAGCCGCCGACGAUAUCGCGGAUCGUGUUCCGCACGCGCCUCCGGUGUCGGUGUUCUCAUUCGGCGGACCUCGCGUCGGAAACAGGGAGUUCGCCGAUCGGCUGGAUUCGAAAGGAGUGAAAGUCCUCCGCGUCGUGAACAGCCAGGACGUGGUGACGAAAGUUCCCGGAAUAUUCGCCGAUAAUGAUAAGAACAAGCAGGGGCAGAAUCGUAAUAACGGGGGUAUAAGGGAGAUGGUGGAGAGGAACAAUCCAUGGGCUUACUCGCACGUGGGAGCUGAGCUGCGCGUGGACAUGAAGAUGUCUCCGUAUUUGAAACCUAACGCUGACGUGGCGUGCUGUCAUGACUUGGAGGCGUACUUGCACUUGGUCGACGGGUUUUUAGCUUCGAACUGUCCGUUUCGGACAAACGCGAAACGGAGUUUGAGGAAGCUGUUGGAUGAGCAACGGUCCAACGUCAAGGUUUUGUAUACAGGAAAGUCUUUGAGACUCAACCGUGGAACUGUUCUUGAUUACGGGGAUGUUUUGCCAAGUCCGUCGUCAUGAAUUUUUCUUAAUACUUUCAAAACAUUGUUUUAUUCUUUAUGAUGAUAUUUUAUUUUAUUAUUUGGGCGGUGAAAAACCUAUGUGUUUUAUUUAUUUAUUUAUUAUGACAUAUAUCUAUCGCAAUUGGCCAGUUAAAUCCAAAUGUUGUUGUGGUACUAUGUGCGAUGUUAAAGUUGUGUAAUGGAGACUUUU